AUGGCCUCAAUUUCUGCCUCUGCCAUGCGGUGGGUCCCGCCGAGGCGUGCGUAUACUCGGUGCGAAAAUAUGCACUCAUCGAGUGUAAUUCUGCAUGCUCUUCACGCACGCUCUUACGCACGGGCCAAUCGUGGGAACAAAAGGGAGAUAUACUCCGUCCCUUGUGGGUCAAGACAGUACAGCAGCAGCAGCAGCAGGUUUUUGUCGUUUUUAAUUAACGCGGUUCGCCGUGCGGGCGCUACCUAUGCUGGCCGCCCGCAUUUCUCAACCCGGGACACCUCACUCUGCCUAUCGCUGCAGGCGCCAUGUCUAAGUCUCGCCAUCAUCAAGCGCGCGUGGCGCGAGCGAGCGGAAGGGCGACGUGUCGUUCUGAACCAACCCCAGACCAGAUGCAAGCCACGAUGCACGAACCGUGUCACUCGACGGCAGUGCGUUCGCCGAUGGGCUGCUAUUAUUAACAGGGCGCACUUGAAUAUAGAUGUAAUAUUAAAAAAAAAGCCCGGCCCGGCGCCUGAGGAGGGUGGGCGACGGGCGUGA